AAACGUACUAAAAAAAAAAAAAUUAUAAAUUCUAUUUCAAUAUUGUUGCUUAAUAUAUUUUUCGUAGUAAUUGCUAAAUACAUUAGAAACUGAAAUAUAUAAAAUGAAUUCAAUUUUACGAAGUAGGUGUAAUUUUUUAUGCCGUUCAUUUUCCACAACCACCGUGAAGCAAUGUGCUGUUCCUCCAAAAAAACCUCCAAAGCAGUUUUUUGCGCCAAUAACAUGGAAAUCAAUGGUUGCGACGGCAGUAGUUGCGGGGGGACUAACAGGUUUCAUGCUUUAUGUCAGAAAAGAGAAACAAGAAGCUUUAGAUCGUGAAAGGAAACGACAGUUAGGCAAGGCAAAGAUAGGAGGCACAUUUGAACUAGUGGACUCAGAGGGUAAAACAGUGAAAAAUACAGAUUUCUUAGGAAAAUGGUUAUUGAUAUAUUUUGGAUUUACCCACUGUCCUGAUAUAUGUCCAGAUGAACUGGAGAAACUAGCAGAGGUGGUAAAACUCCAUGAUAAUACUCCUUCAUCACCACCCUUGCAACCAUUAUUCAUAUCUGUUGACCCUCAGAGAGAUACCCCAGAGAUAGUAGGAAAGUACUGCAAAGAAUUCUCUCCACGGUUACUGGGUUUGACUGGUACAAAAGAACAAGUACAACAGGCUUGCAAAUCCUACAGAGUAUAUUUUAGUGCAGGCCCACAAGAUGUUGAUAAUGAUUACAUUGUGGACCACACAAUCAUAAUAUACUUAGUAGAUCCAGAUGGCGAGUUUGUAGAUUAUUAUGGUCAAAAUAGAAAUGCUACAGAAAUCUAUAAUUCAAUACUUGUAAAUAUUCAAAAGUAUGUAGCAGGAAAGAAGACAUCGUGGUUUUAAUGCCUUAUGGCAUGUUACGAGUGAGAUAGGCGUUUCCAAAUGAGCAUUCUAGUUACAAAGUAUAUUUUUUGUUUAAGUGAAAUAAAUUGUUAUUUAUAAUAUAAA